AGACCGUAAAAGCCCGAUUCGUUUUUGUUCUUUCUUCCUUCCAAACCAUUUCUACUUCUAUUUCAAGAAAACCACCUCUCUCUCUCUCUCUCUCUCUCUCUCUCGUAAUUACUAAAGAAAAUGCAAUUUUCUCAAAUGGGUUUUUCGAGAAGCAUGUUUUUCAUAAUCAUUUCAGCAAUUUUCCUUGUUGCUGAUGCAUGUUCCAACGGAGAAUGCAAGCUUUUGGAUGAAUGCUCGUCGGAUACUGAUUGCGCAGCUGGAUUGUAUUGCUUCUCCUGCCUACAAGGAUUUUCCGGCAACAGAUGUGUGCGAUCGACGGUCACAGACCAAUUCAAGCUAGUGAAUAAUUCACUGCCGUUCAACAAAUAUGCAUUCCUGACCACACACAAUGCUUAUGCGAUCGACGGUGAGCCAUCACAUACGGGAGUUCCUCGAGUUACAUUCACCAAUCAAGAGGACACUGUUACCCAGCAACUAAAUAACGGGGUUCGGGCACUGAUGCUGGAUACAUACGAUUUCGAAGAUGAUGUAUGGCUAUGCCAUUCCAACGGUGGAGAAUGCCAUUCUUAUACUGCAUUCGAACCAGCUUUGGAUACAUUGAAAGAAAUAGAAGCGUUUCUAUCAGCGAAUCCAACGGAAAUCGUUACAUUGAUCUUAGAAGACUAUGUACAAGCUCCCAAUGGACUGACCAAAGUUUUCAACGAUUCGGGUUUGUCUAAAUACUGGUUUCCCAUGUCCAACAUGCCGCUGAACGGUCAGGAUUGGCCUCUGGUUAGUGACAUGGUCGCUAAAAAUCAACGGCUGCUUGUGUUUACUUCUAUCAAAUCCAAGGAACAAACUGAAGGAAUCGCUUAUCAGUGGAAUUAUAUGGUCGAAAAUCAAUAUGGAAAUGGUGGAAUGAAUGCUGGAAGUUGCCCGAACCGGGCCGAAUCGGCGCCUCUCACCGAUACAAGUAAAUCUCUUGUUUUAGUGAAUUACUUUCAAUCUAUACCAAUCAAGCAACUCGCAUGUGGACAUAAUUCGGCGGACCUCAUCAACAUGCUCCACACGUGCUAUGGUGCGGCCGCCAAUCGUUGGGCCAAUUUUGUCGCCGUUGAUUACUACAAGAGGAGCGAGGGAGGAGGAUCAUUUCAAGCAGUGGACACGCUUAAUGGGAAGCUUUUGUGCGGCUGCGAUGACGUCCAUGCAUGUGUUCCUGGAUCUACCUCAGGAGCAUGCACUCCUCCAUAAGUAGAAAGAAGAGGAUAUGACAACAAAAAAAUAAAUAA